GAUAAUUUGACCGUCUCUAGGCGACUGUGUGUGUAUGUGUGUAUGUACGUGUGUGUGUCUCCUCGCAGUGAUGGCCUGAACCCAACCCACGAAAAGGCAAUGCGAUGGAGGACAGACGAGUGGCGGAAUACUUCGUGGUGGCGGGGUUGCCGGAAAACCCCAAACCCCUGGCGGACUUCUCCUGCGACGGGGCCACCCUCAAGUCCACCCACAACCUCCCGCCCAUCACCGACCUCUCCGUCAUCAACCGCUCGCUGGGGGAGGUGGUGCCCGAUGGCUACACAUGCAUCGAGACCACACCGUCCGGACUCGUGGCGAACAUCAACCAGGGUGCGUUACGAGCCCCGGAGAUGUUCCUGUGCUACCGACGCGGCCGAGACAAGCAGCCCCUCGUUGAUAUAGGGGUCCUGUACGAGGGGCGGGAGCGGGUGAUGCCGGACUCCCAGAUUGUGGAGUUCACCCACGGGGGACGCAGCGCCAACAUCAACUCCUCCGGCCAGACCACGUACAUGACCUACAGACGGGCGAGCGAGAACGCAGCGUGCAACGAGCUGGUGGUAUCGGACGUCUGCGUGAUCAUGACCAACCGAGGAGAGCAGGCGCCUCACUCCUACUGCACAAUAGACCGGAACCUCAACAAGGGAACCAUGGUCGGCUCGGACAUCUACGUAUGCUACAAGAAGUCCAUGAAUCGCUCCACCUCAAUCGCGUACAUGGCCGGCGUCCUGGACCACUACCCCUUCAUCCACCGGACAGACUUCCCCCUACCCGCCGACCUGGCCCUCUUCUGCCUACCCAUGGGGGCUACACUCGAGUCCUGGCCGGAGAACUCGACGCGGCCUCAACCGGUCUCCUCGACGUUCGUACUGACGGUGACGGCUGGGGACAAAACGGAGUCGGUUGAGAAGAUUUACGGGGCAUCGGUGUCGUUCUAUGAGGCCUUCUCGAGGGAGCGCCUGACCCCAGAGCAGCGGACGGCCCUAAGGUUGGACGAGCAUUUCAACCGGCGGAAUUCGGUGCACACCAACCGGAGUAUUUGCCUGUUGUCGCGCUGGCCGUUCUUCGAUACAUUUGACAGGUUUCUACGGUACCUCCACGCCCUGGCAAACUCUGGGCCUCACAUCGUGCCCAUAGAAAGGUACAUCCACCACUUCCUCGAAUGCAUCCCGUUCCCUAGUGCAAGACGCCCUCGCAUCCUCAUCCAGCUGGACGCCCGGGAACGCAUCUCCCUUACCCAGCCUGAGGACUCCCCCAUCCCCCUCAGCGGCGCCAGGUUCCGUCAGCUGGUCAUGAAUUUGCGGCCCGAAGGAUGCCUCACGGUUCUCCUCUUUGCCCUCACGGAGCAGAAGAUCCUCCUACACUCGCUGCGGCCAGACGUGUUGACGGCAGUGUCUGAGGCGAUCAGUAUGAUCAUCUUCCCCUUCCACUGGCAAUGCCCCUACAUCCCCCUGUGUCCCCUGGGGCUGUCGGACCUGCUCAACGCGCCCAUCCCCUUCCUCCUCGGCCUGGACUCGCGGUUCUUUGACCUCUAUGACCCGCCGCAGGACGUCAUCUGCAUCGACCUGGACACUGGCGCCAUCUACGUGCCCGAGGACAAACGACACCUGAUCACUAAGCUCCUCCCGCCCCGCCCCGCUCGCACCCUCCGCGCCAGCCUGGAGGGGGUAUGCGAGAAGAUGCACAAACUUGAGCGCACCCUCCAGCAGCACUCCCGCGCCCUCAAGCAGGAGUCCGACUCGUCCAUAGACUCCGAGUUUAAGAUGAAGAGGAAGGAGCAACAACUCGACAUUGAAAUCCAGGAGGCAUUUCUGCGGUUCACGGCUACCAUUCUGAAGGGCUACAGCACAUACCUCCUGCCCAUCGUGUCCUCCAGGGCGGGUGCGACGUGCGACACAUCCUCCCUCUUCGAUAUUGAUGCCUUCGUCAAGUCCCGGGAUCGUCGCCACCAUCGCUUCUACCAGCUCCUCGUCAAUACCCAGAUGUUCAGUCGGUUUAUCGAGGAGCGCUCUUUUGUGUCGGACAAGGACGCCUCCCUCGCCUUCUUCGAUGACUGUGCCGAGAAGGUCCAGGAAGACGACUCCACCAUCCGCCUGCUGGAGGUGGAGGCAGCCCAGAGCGAGCACACCCUCUUCCUGCCCCCGCCGGAGCCCUCCACCCCCGCCCCUAACUCCACCCCAAACUCCGUCACCACCCCCACCGGCGCCCCACCCACCUACACUUAUAAGGGGUUUCCAAAGCUUCGACGUGAUCUCUUCCCCCGUGAGGACCCCAUACCAGCCCUUCCACCCCAGGUCAAGGCGCCCCAGACCACCCCCGCCUCCCCCCUGGCGCGGCGUACCAAGCAGGAAGUGAAGACUGACCAGCGACUCGCCUCCCGCCAUGCCGAGACCCCAAUUCUGUGGGCGAAGUGUCUGCUGCAUACAUGUUAUAGCCUGUGGUUCACGCAGCUACCGGCCUUUGCCUCCACGCAGCAUCACAAGCCUCGCCUCCUGCAGCUGGCCUUCAAGAUACUUACCAACAUGCAGAAGCUCCACCUCUCUCAGGCUGAUGAGGUCAGCUACCGUGUGAUGAUGCAGCUGUGUGGGGUGUACUCGCAGCCCAUCCUGGCCGUGAAGGUGCUUUGUGAGAUGCGUCAACACGGUAUCACCCCCAACGCCAUCACCUACGGCUACUACAACAGGGCCGUCAUGGAGAGCAAGUGGAUGCAGAGUAACCUCCUAUGGAACAAGCUGAGAAAUGUGAUCAUUGGAGUGGCCGCCUUCAAGCAGUGUGGGCUGGAGAGGGCGCGGAAGAGGGCCAUGUUGGAAGAGGUGGAUAGUAGCAGCCGGAUGUCUAUGGAGAGUGGCACAUCCCUCUCACUAGACUUGCACCACUCCGCUACCACUACUACUACUACUACUACUACUGCUACCACUACUUCUACUACUACUGCUACUACUACUGCAAGCACAUUGGGUUCGGAUCACGGAUACUCCUCUGUUAGUGAGGCAAGUGGGAGGGGAACGCCGCCCCCCACCAGAGGAGGAGGAGGUGCUGGCGCCCCCCAUAUGGAAGAACCCCUUUCCACCCCUCCACACCCCUCCCCUACCCACUCCUCCUCCUCCUCCUCCUCCUCCUCCCCCUCCUUCUCCUCCUUCCCCCCCUCCCUCUGCCCAGACCUGGAGCCUCUCCCAUUCACCCCCACCCCCCCUCCCCUCCUCCCCCACCACCCCCCCCCCCCGGCCACCCCCCCGUCCUCCCCCAGUAGCGGGGCCUCCUCCUAUGCCUCCACCAUCACCACCACCACCACCACCUCCAACACCACCAUCACCACCACCACCACCACUAACAUCAGUGGUGGUGGUGGUGGUGGUGGUUAUGUCACCACCACUUCAUCACCACAACGUCAUCACCACCACCACUGCACUACCACCACCCCAUCCUCCUCCCCCCGCCAUAAGCCCCGCCCCGCCUCCCCUGCCCCGCCCCAAGUCACUACCCUCGAUUUUUCCGAGAGCGAUAUUUUUCGGGGCCGCGUCGGGGCGGUUUGCCGGUCGUCUGCGUCGGGGCUGAGGGCCGGGGCGAGCCUGGGCCUGCUGGAGGUGUGCGGGGCCUUCCACUCGAGUGCGGGGAUACUGAUGAGCAGCCACCUGGACAAGUCGACCCUCACCGCCCCGCCCCGGCCCCGCCUGACCCGCCCCACCGACCUGUCUGUGGCCCUCUCGCCGACCCUCGACCAGUACGACAAGAUGACCGAAGCCACCUCCACCACCUCCACCACCUCCUCCACCUCCACCAGAACUCCUCCGCCCGACACCACCACCACCACCAUCGCCGCCACUACCACAACCACCACCACCACCACCACAUCAUCACCCACCACCAUCACCACCACCACCAGUGCUGCCUCAACCACCACCACCACCUCCGCGUCGCAAGAUCGGAGCGUACCGGAGUAUUUGAGCCCCGGGAACUUCAACUACCGGAAGAACGAGCUUCUCUCCGGUGGGCUGAGCAGCGUCAAAUCCGCCGUUACAAUAUUCUCCAAAAAGUGCAACGAGAUCCGUGACGCCAUCACCGCCACCAACACACCCACUCGAGCCGCCACAGCCGCCCAUGGAGGACGGAGUGGCAUGUGGGACGGCGGUGGCGGGGGUGUUGGCGGGGGCGGCGGCGGUGGUGGUGAUGGCGAUGAUGACAGCCUGGUUGAUGGUUUUUGGAGCCGGCGAGAGUCCAGCGAUGUCACGGGGCAUUCCUUUGAUGACCCCACACCCCUGCUCUUUGCCGGUUUUGGCGGCAGUGAGAGUUACAGUUACGGCGGCUUCGGCUUCACUGGCGUCGGCGGGGGCGGCUCCCAACACAACCCCAGCGGCAGCGGCCCCAGCGAGAGCACGGCCCCCCAGCAGCAGGACCUGUUCCCCCCCCUGGGCUGGGACGCGACGGGGCCCUUCUGCCUGGGGGUCUGGCUCACGUCCUGUACGCGCUGCCACAAUUGCGCCGCCCUUCUCUACGACGAGGAGAUCAUGGCGGGGUGGCGGCCAGAUGACUCCAACCUCAAUACGAAGUGUGCGUUCUGCGACAAGGCGACUGUCCCGCUCCUAACAAUCACCAUAUACAACUGCCUGCACCACCCACGGCCUGACCACACCACCACCACCACCACCACUACUGCGACUACUGCGGUGGAUGCGGGUACUACUACUACUACUACUACUACUACUACUACUCCUGCGACUACCACUGCCACGACUACCAAUGAUGUUACUGCGGCUACUUCUACUACUACUACUACUACUAUUACGAUACCUGCUACUUCUACUACUACUACUACUACUUCUACUGCUACUGCUGCUACUGGUUCUUGUUCAGGCGAGGGCAUAGUCACCCCCCACAGUGACCCCGUGACCCCUGGCGAUGACCCCCUGACCCAGGCCUCCAGUGACCCUGCCCCCCCCAGCGACCCCCCCCUCACCGACCUCCAGGACAAGGUGACGGUCGAGCUGCAGCGGAAGGGUGUGCGCGGGGAGCCCAUUACCGUGCCGUACCUGAGCCCCCUGGUGCUGAGGAAGGAGCUCGAGACGGUGCUUAGCCAUGAGGGAGAUGCCUGCCUCACCCAGCCUGCCUUCACUGACCAUCACCCUAUACUGUACUGGAACCUGCUAUGGUACUUCAGCCGACUACGAGUGCCGAGCCAUCUGCCUGGACUGUGCCUAGGGUCAGCGUGUGUGUUGAGGGGAGCGCCUCCACACCCCUCUUGGCGGACAGCGGACUGGCAGAAUGUGUACAUCCGUUGCCUUUGGGACAACACCAAGUACCAUGAGGAGCUCGGCCAGCCUAUGUACGUCCAGUGGCAGCAGACGCACAUGACCUCAGCCCUCGUGAACGCCUUGGUGCAGGAAAGGAUGAAAAUACCAAGGGAUGUGAUCCAGCAGGUGGUCACGGCUAUCCACCUCGAUGACCUGACCUCUGCCCUCCGCGUCCUGGUCGGUGAGGUCAAGAAGCGUCCUGCAGCCCAGAGGAAGGCGCGUUUCCCGGCCUACCGUGACCUGCUCUUCCUCGCCGCGGCCUGCAUCCCCCCCGCCCAGCUGAACCUGACCUCCUUCGACCGCGAGUAUCGGCGGGCUUACGAGAUAUGUGAGAGAACGCACAGCAAGUUCUUGGGUCGCUGUGACGUCCCCCCGCCCAUCGCUGUGGUCUUCUGCAGGCGUUAUUUCAGCCAGCUCAGCCUCGUGUGAUGAUGACGCUGGUGGUGCGCUGGUGAUGAAGUUAAGUGAAGUGGUGAUGUUAGAAGUGGUGGUGAUGACGAGUUUGCUGCCCUGGCGUGAAGUUAAGUGGUGAUCUUAGAAAUGGUGGUGAUGAUGUUAGUGGCUUGGUGAUGUUAGAAGUGGUGAUGUUGAAAUUAAGUGGUGGUGGUGACUCUGGUCCUCCGGUGGUGAUGACUCUGCUUUGGUGGUGAUGGAGUUAGCAGUGAUGAUGUGUGUUCUGCUGGUGGUGAUGUUAGAGAACUGGUGAUGAGGUUAACUGGUGGUCAUGAUGUGUGGUAAUGGUGGAAUUAAGUGAUGUUUGAAGUGAUGAUGAUGAAAUUAAGGGGCGAUGAAGUUGAGUGAUGUUGAAAUGAUUUGGUAGUUUUUUUUUUGGUGGUGGUGGUGAUGGUGAUGAACUGCUGUAGUGGUGAUGACUGGUAGUGGUGAUGACAUUAUUGAUUGAUGUUUUUGGUGGUGGUGGUGGAGUUGAUAGUGGUGUUGAAUCGCCUAAUGAGUGGUGGUGAUGAAGUUGAUUAGUGAUGAAAUAGUGAAGUUGUUGGCUUAGGAGUGUUCUAGUUGUGGUGAUUUUGGUGAUGAGUGACUGGAGGUGGUGAUGACUGGGGGUGGUGAUGACUGGAGGUGGUGAUGACUGGGGGUGGUGAUGAAUGUAAUGGUAAUGAAGCUAAUUGGUGAUGUAGUGAUGAGUUUUAGUGGUGAUGAUAUAUUUUUUUUCCAAGGUGUGAUGAUACAAUUUUGAUAGUUUUUUGGUGGUGGUGGUGGUGGUGGUGGUGGUGGUGGUGAUAAAAUUAGUAGUGGUGAUGAAACUCUAGUGGUGAUGAAACUCAAGUGGUGAUGAAAUUAUUGGUUUGGGAUCAUUGAAUUUUUUGGUGAUGACACGAUUCGUACUUUGGUGGUGAUGGUGAUGGUGGUGGUGAAGGUAAUGACAAUGGUGAUGACUGGUGGUAAUGAAAGUUUGUAGUGGUGAUGAAAAGUGGUGAUGAAGCCUGACGGAUGAAGAAUUGGUGAUGACAUAAGUGGUGUUGAAAAAUGGUGAUGAUGGUGAUGAUAUUAAGCUGGAUUCUGGGGUUGUGAUGAUGGGUGUUGACUGUUCGGAUGGUGAUGAAUGUGGUGAUGAAACGGUGUGUGUGAAAUCUGCAUAAUGGUGACAAUGUGGUGAUAUGACAACUUAAUUUGGUGAUGACUUGUGGUGAUGACUUGAGAGUGUCUUUACUGUGUUUUCUAAUGGUGGUGAUGAAAUGGUGAUGAGGUGUUAUGGUAUGUUAUGUGUGGUGAUGGUGGUGGUGAUACAGGGCUGCUAGUGAUGGUUAGAGAGAGAGAGAGAGAGAGAGAGAGAGAGAGAGAGAGAGAGAGAGAGAGGCAGCAAAGAAGAAGAAGAAGAAGAAGAAGGAAUCAUUAGGUUAGUCUUGGAUGAAGGAGAGAGAGAGAGAGAGAGAGAGAGAGAGAGAGAUGUAGAAGGGAAGAGGAAGCCAAGGAGAAGAAGGAGGAGAAGGAAAAGUGAUUCAGGCUAGUCUAGGAUGAAGAAGAAGAAGAAGAAGAAGAAGAAGAAGAAGAAGAAGAAGAAGAAGAAGAUGUCUGAGGUGGUUUAUAAGAAAAAUAAUGAAAAAUAGUCCUGUUUUAUUGUGUAGAGAGAAGGAAAGGAGGGAAAAGAGAGAGAAGAAAGAAGAAAAAUAAAAAUAUGGUCCUGUUUUAUUGUGUAGAGAGAAGGAAAGGAGGAAAAAAGAGAGAGAGAGAAGAAAUAAGAAAGAAAAAAAUGGUUCUGUUUUUCAUAACGAGACAAGGAAGUGCUUUUCUCGACCGUAGAUAAACCGUUCAUCCGCCGCAUCCGCCAACAGCAUCAGGAAACAGUGCGCCUCGAGGGGGUAGCUUUCGUCCAUGUUCCGAAGAGAGGAAUAUAUAGUUACGUAAGGUCGCACACGGGGGAGCUGUAAAUACACGCACGAAGGAAGGCGGAAACUUACGUACGGAGGUGAUUCUUUUCUCGUUUGCAGCUUCAAGUGCCAUCGCGUCGUCGCUUACCUCAGCGGGAGUGUGAGACAGAUUACGUAGCUAGGUUUAAGAUGCCGUAGGUGAUGUAGAAGCUACGUAUACAAGAUGCUCGUAUGUGUGUGUUUAUAGAAGGGCGUCUCCGGGGGGGGUGCGUAAUUACGGCUAUCGGCUGCGUACGUACUUGCAUAGCUUGAGCUUACGACAUGACAGACGACAGACAGGUUCUUACGUAUGUAUAUAUCGAUAGGUGUACGUGGAAAUCUCACAUACGCAAGACUGGAAACUAAAUGUCGUUAUGAAUAUUGCUUACGUCAGGAGGUAUUACGUAACGAGUUCUUUCAUACGUUCAUAAAAGACAGUCGAAGGCGAAUGCUGACAGAGGGGUCGCUACGAGGAGCUUACCGCUUUAGCUUAUACCAGAGAAAUUACGCAAUGAGUUCUUUUGAAUGUUCGUAUACAAAGUCGUCAAAUGCAAGGCUUGAGGGGUCAUUUUAAAGGCUGGUUGAGGAGAUAUUAUGUAUGCUCCCUAAUUACGCAAUGAGUAUGUUCGUAUACAAAGUCGUCAAUCGCAAGGCUUGAGGGGUCAUUUUAAAGGCUGGUUGAGGAGAUAUUAUGUAUGCUCCCUAAUUACGCAAUGAGUAUGUUCGUAUACAAAGUCGUCAAUCGCAAGGCUCGAGGGGUCAUUUUAAAGGCUGGUUGAGGAGAUAUUAUGUAUGCUCCCUAAUUACGCAAUGAGUUCUUUUGAAUGUUCGUAUACAAAGUCAUCAAUCGCAAGGCUCGAGGGGUCAUUUUAAAGGCUGGUUGAGGAGAUAUUACGUAUGCUCCCUAAUUACGCAAUGAGUUCUUAUGAAUGUUCGUAUACAAAGUCGUCAAUCGCAAGGCUCGAGGGGUCUUUACGAGGGCUGGUUGAGGAAACAUUACGUAUGCUCCCUAGUCCUUCUUACGUCACGGGAUAUCGCGUUGAUGAAUGAACGCAAGGACAGGAAUGCCGUGGAGAGUGAACGAGAAACAAAAUCAAAUUCGAACCUCGGAAAAAACAAUGAAUAUGCGAAUAGAAGAUGUCGUAACUUCAACAAGAUAGUGAGUAUACGCAACCUCAACUUCGUAACCGCUGGACAUUCGACAAAGCAACACCACCGAGGAAAAAAUCACGGACUCACACAUACGUCGUCGCCUACCGUUACGCCCUCAGAAAAGCCUUCAUCAUACACUUCCUUACGAGCGUCCGGAGAGGAAAAGACGCUCGCUAGACUCACGUAUCUCACCGAGCCUUCGACAUGCUUACACGAGUCGAGAUACGAAACGCCACUAGCUAGAUUACGUAUACGCAUCAUGCUGACCUUGUGGUGGGCAGUGCUGGGUGUAAAUAUGUAUAUCGUAAGCGCGGAGGAGGAAGGGAUGGUUACGUAGCGAAGGGGGAGAGUGGGGUAAAAGCCUUUGUUCGUGUCGUAAAACGUUAUAUAUAUAAAUGCGUUAGUUUGUCCCGCCGUAGUGUGAAGGAAGAAGAGGAGGAGGAUGGUAAUGAUUAUAGAACGAAGGAAGGAAGGAAGGAAGGAAGGAGAAGGAGAUGAAGAAGGAAAUUAUGUGUGUGUUUGAAGGAAGGAAGGAAGGAAGGAAGGGAGAUUGAGAGAGAUAGAGAGGAAAGAAAAAUUAGUUUGAGGAUGAGGAGGAGGAGGAGGAUGAUGAUGAAAGAAGGAAGGGAAGGAAGGAAGGAGGAGGAGGAGGAAAAAUAUGUGUGUUUGAAGGAAGGAAGGAAGGAGGGGAGAUUGAGAGAGAUAGAGAGGAAAGAAAAAAUAGUCUGAAGAGGAAGAGAAUCGUAAUGACAGAAGGAAGGAAGGAGGGAAGAAGGAAGGAAGGAGGAGGAGGAAAUAUGUGUGUGCGUGUGUGUGUGUGUGUGAAGGAAGGAAGGAAGGAAGGUAGAGAGACAGACGAAGAAAGAAUAAUUAGUUUGAAGAUGUGAAGAAGGAAGGAAGGAAGGGAGAGAGAGAGAGAGAGAGAGAGAGAGAGAGAGAGAGAGAUGAAGGAAAAGAAGAGAAAGAAGGAAGGAGAAAGAAAUAAAGAAAAAAAUCUGUAAAAAAAAAGAAAGAAAACAAGAAAUAAAAGUUGAAAGAAAAUAAAGAAAACAAAUGAAGUUGAAAAAAAAAAAAUGAGAGAUAGAAAGAAAAUAACAAGAAAAGACAAACAGGAAAAGAAAACAAAGAAAAAAACACAAAUUAAAAGAAAGAAAAAUUAAAAGAGAAAAGAAAAAUUAUAUGAAAAAGAACGAAAAA